CGAAGUUUCGAGAUAGGCACUACAAUGCAUUACGCAAAGCGAGAGAGAAGGUUGAAACUGGGAUAUUGCUCCAAACCCGAUUCACUCCUCCGAGCUUGAGGGUAAGCCUUAAUUGUUACUGCAUAAUUUAUUACAUGUGUAUGUAUAUUAUCAUAUCUGAACUUGUGAAUAUUUGGAAUUUUUUGUUAAAAUCUUUUAUAUAGAAAAACUAUACACAUACAUUGUAUACAUUUGAGAGAAUUGUUCGACUUGUUGUUGAUAGCUAAUUACUACCACCAGCCGAGUUGACAUUAAUCGCUUACAGUGUAUAUGCUCCUCCCAAAAAUGGAUUUAAAAAAAUUAGAAUUAAAAAAUUAGCAGCAAAACGUGCUUGAUUUGCGAUUCAAGCCCUGAUUAAUUAAAUCUGCAUAUAUGUGAUGCAUGUUUAAUAAUUUACUAAAUACGCGCAGCAACGACUAAUAAUAGUACGAUUCGACUUUUCGCAACUUUAGUGUAUCUACAAUUUACAUGUCACAACGAAAUAGAAAACUAUACGUGAGAAAAUCUUGACAAUUGUAAUUACAAUUAAUUUGUCUUUAUUUGCCCCUUGAUUAAAUCAUUAGUAAUGAUUCAUUACCAAACUUAUACCUAAGUUAACCGACCAAAGAUUAGAUUACAAUACGACAUCCCUUUUGAUAUUAUUUAUUAAAAUUCUGCUACUUUCUUACUCAUCCAUCUAAUUUUAGUCUUUAGAGAAGCGUAUAAAAAAUGUAUAGCAUGCUGAUUGUUGGUUGUUGACUAUUAUUAAGUUAAUGAUAUUGUUGAUCCCGUGAGUGAAGAAGACUGGAUUUUGAUUCCUAAGUGAAAUAUCAGAUUACAAGUUUGAGCAAAUAUUUAUAAUUAUGUAAACAUGUGAAUUUGACGGGGUCGAAACAAUUCGCGGUAAUAAAAAAUGUUAUGCGUCCGCUACAAACAACUCAUUCAUAAUUUUUAUUUCGCAUCUUUUAUUAACAUGUCCAAAAGCUCAUUAAUUGGCUUGAUUCCCACUCCCAGAGUUGUAACCUGUGCACUUUUAAGGCUGAUUUACAUAAAUACAAGUGCAUUAAUUAACCCUGUUAUGUAACAUCAUCAUUUUUUGAUGAUAUAAAUAGAGUGACGUAAAAUUGUGUAUUUUAUAAGGUGAGAAACUAUAAUCAUGUAUUUGUAGUUUAUUUAUCUUUAGCAUCCGUUUUCCGAAAUUGAGGGAAACUGGGCAAGUUUUGAGGUGCAACAGGUACUUGAUUUUAUACAACCGAUAUACAAACCUACGUCAUUGCACGCCAUUUAAUUUAUAUAAUUCAACUCGUUUUUUGCACGUGGUGGGCAUCAGUGAAUUUAUAAUCCUAUUACUUAAUACACAAAGUAUAGGACGAUGAAACUUAUUGCGAAAAGUAGGAAUCUCCAUUAUUCUCCAUGCGUGGAAGAUGUAUGUAAGAAAUAUUAAAACUUUUUUUACGGAACGUCAAGUCAAAUGUUUGCCCUCUAGCUAAAUAAUUUUGUUAUUAUAGAAAAAUCGUGGUUGUUGUUGUGCAAAGAAAAUAAAAGUUUGAAGGGUUUAUCAAUUUUAUAACCCUAAUAACUAGAAGUUUGCUCGUUAUUAUUAUUAUGUUGCAUAAAUGUUGUUAAAUCUUCCGUAUGGACCAAAAUUACUUGUUCGUUAUCAUCCUUUAAUUACUUAGAUCCUCCCUCACACAAAAGAUUCCAAGUUCACAGAGGACAGAAAUUGUUGAGGAGCAGAAGAAGGAGAAAAGGGUUAAAAUUAGACAUGUUAAUAACGGCAAUAAUAACUGAACUUGCUAAUAAGAACUCAACAAGUUUGAGCUACAUGUAAUGAACAAGAAACCCAUAAAUAGCAUACAAAUACAUAAGUAUUUAUUCAUUCACACCAACUUUUGUUCAUCGUGGCAUCUAUAAUAUUCAUAAAUCUAUAUCGACCGUAUCAAUCCGACCGAAUAACGCCUAUUUUUUUUGUUCAGGAUUUCGACCCGUGUACGUAUCCAUUCAAUAGCUUAGGAUUAGUGGCAUCUAGAUAAUCAUGUCGUGUGCAAAUGUAUUGAAUUGGAGAGGGUAAUAUAAUAGGUCGUCAUAUCAUUUCAGGAUGGAAGGUUAAACUUUUUGUUUAGUAAACUAACUUACGCAACAAAGCUUGAAACCUAUUCAGGAAGAAAUACAUUCAUUUCUUGGCGUAACAUUCCAUAUUGUUCUUUCUUGAAGAGUUUCAGAUUACAAAAUAUAAUACGUUAUGUGAUACACAGACUCCAUACAAAUGUACAAAUAUUUUUGUGUACGGUAGCAUAGAGUGAGGAAAAUAAAUAGCAGAGUUGGCAUUAGUUUGUAAUCACGUAGCACAAAAUAAAGUGUAAGAGCGUCUAGAAGGAAUAAUAGGGAAUAGUUGAAGGAAUUACUUAAAGUCUGUGUCCUCCGUCCUUCUGCCGUUCACCUUGUUCUGUUAGUGCAUAAAGGAAAUGUCGUUCUUCGUAUGGUGCAAGUAGUUUUCGUGAGUUUAUAAUUUUGAUUGCUAUGUUAGAGUGGUAUUUAUUUUAGACUUGGGUGAACGAAGAGUUGUUGGUUAAUCCACAUUCACUCCACGGGUAAGUUAUAUUGGAAAUUUAUUAUUUCACUCUUCCAUGAAAACGGUUGUUCAGUGUAAUCAGGUCGUUACUGGGCGAAAGGAAAAUCUUUGGGGAAGAUGACGCUAAAUUCAGAUUCGCUUUGAUCCCAUUUACCAUACAUCCACGUCCUAUAGAGUGAACUAGACCUAGUCAACCAGCAUUGAUCUUGUACUACUUGUAAUUAUGAGCUGGUGAAGUUAGCUAGUGUUGUUCAAGAAAUUGUCCAGAAAUUAUUCCCUACUCGGCUCAGCAUGAGACCGGAAGUGGUGGAAGGAGCCAUGGCUGGAGAAACUGUGGUCCCAAUUAAUCCAUUCCUCAUCCCUCACGUUGCCGACAAAAUCCUGUCCUAUUUACCCCCCACAAAGGGUUUAGAUUUGCUAACAACGCGUCUCGUUUGUCGACAGUGGGCAGAUUCCGCGUCUAAAAUCCUUCGAAAAAAACGGUGCGUUCUACUCAGCAGGUAUUCCACCAAGGUCGACAAAUGGGCACAAUUACUCGAGCUUUCAAAAACCUCAGAGUUCCUCCCCGUUGCAAACUUCACUCUGAAACACGACGCUUGUACCGACGCAAAUUCUGUAAUGUUGCGGGAUCUCUUUCUCAAUUUCGCCCCCGUGCUGGAAUCCUUCGCUAUGUGGCUGGAUGUUCAGUCUAAUCUAAAAUGCGAUGAGAACAGUUUCUUCAUUUCGGAUAAAACCGUUGCAAAUCUCAAGUUCCCCAAGUUGAAAAGACUCACUGUCGACGAUCAGAGGUCGAUUUUUUGGUCCACACGGGCGAUGAAAUGUCCGUUUGAAGACACGGGGAUAAAACUGAUCGCAUGGCUGAUAAAAUCAGCCCCAAAUCUGGAACAACUCGUAAUCCAGAUUUGUCGUGAGUUAGAUGACAAUGACGUUUUCGAGCUGGCGGAACCAAUUCAGACGGAAAUAGUGAAGCUAUUUCGUGACCCGGAUAACAAGAGGAUGUUCUUAAACUUAAAAGUAUUGCAGUUGGACGUUUUCUUAAAUGAUGACCUCCUCACCUGCAUGGGCGACUUAUUUUACGCCAACAGAAUUCCAAGACUGACCUCGUUGCAGCUCUUCAUUAAAGGAUCGCGUUUCACGUCGGGCCCAUUUAAUAGACUAAUGUCCACCCUUCGACACCGAUUAGAGGAACUUAGUCUCCUCUCUUUCACGGAAAAAAGCACUGUUGCCAUUCAGCUGCCCAGAAUGAAGGAGUUGAAAACACUGGAGGUCAGUGGGAUUGACCGCUUCCAUCCUAACGUGACCUUUCACCCAGUUCUGCACUUGCCCAAAUUACAGAAGCUUAUCAUUCACGCCUGGUGUAUCGAGAAAAAGUCGGAGUGGAUGACACUGAUUACGUCAAAUAAGCCUUCCUUGACCGUGACUGAACUCAGAUUGACCGACGAAGUCGCGACAUUUUCCAAUUUUAUUCAGAUUUCGAAAUCUUUUCCAAACUUGACAAAACUUGACGUUAAACUUGGUCUCAGACAUACAAGAGUUUUAGAGAUUAUCUUUGACAGUUUGAAACUCUUGGCUUGUUUGAGGGUUGAGAAUUCCUGGUCAUGGAAGAUUACGGACAGGGGGAGGGAGACCCACUGUGGGGGAAACAUUGACCAUAUUCUGACCGGAUUGCCGAUCGAAAUCUGUAACUCGAUUCAUCAAGGGAGGUAUCACAACCUCUAUGGAAUGCAAGUAGCAAUGCAAAUUCUGCCAAGCCUGAAGGAAAAAUUGAAUAAAAUUAAGGAAACGAAGGGUCGAUCGGGUUUGACCGACUUGAAAUAUUUGAGAAGACUGGAAUUGAUUGAUCUCCCCCACAUUGCGACAAUAAGUGACAUUUCUGGAUAUUUUGCCUUUAUGGAGAUGCAAAGUUUGGAAUACUUGGAUGUUAAUUGGUCAAUGAUGAGUUUCUCGUGCCUUAAUCUCCUUGCAACAAAGUACCCUUCAAAUAUGGAACAUCAAUUGACGCUGAUGAAAAAAUGGAUCUCUGCCAAUAAAACAAAAAAUAAGAGACAAAAUUACGUGGACGAUGUCACGGACCGCAAUUGGGUCAACACAAUCCCUGGAACGUGCAAUAUAGCUUAACAUAAUUUGUUACUGGAUUAUUUAACUUAAAUGAAGUGGAAAUGUUCUGACUCCAAGUGGAAAAUAUUUUGGUGUUAUAAAGUUCAAAAUAAAAUACGACUAAUAAUUACUUUGACAUUCGUAAUUACUUACCUUAUAAUCUGUGACUUGAAAAAUAUAUUUCUAUUUAAAAAAUAUUUCACUAAAACUUUCUGUCAAGCAUGUUAAUCAAUCUAAAACGAACUCAAAUAUAUGUAAAAACACCAAAACACACAA